AUGGAAAUUAAAAUGAAAUUAAUGUUUCUAAUUUAUCUGAUACAUGUAACAACAGCUCAAGGGCAAACAUUUAGGAACGAAAACACCGGCGAUGAUGUAAGAAAAAGCAGGGAAACAGAAAGCGAACGAAGUACAAGUGAAACGGGAUCGGAAUUCGAACGUCGCAAGUCUGGCCAAACAGGUUUGGAGACAAUGACGAUGACUGGAACUUCUAGAUCUCAAUAUAAACACAGAAAACAAGGACAGGUCAAAGCUGUUGGAAAAUUCCGUUCACGUGGAAUGGGUAGAUAUGGUUUAGUGUCAUCAGAAUCUACAUAUUAUGUAAUUGAAGGCAAGUUCGAUAGAUAUGGUCGAAAGAGACCUACUAAGUCGAACUUCAAAACUCGAGGAAAAGAAAAAAAAUAUUCUAAAAAAAUUGUUGAUAAUCAAUUCGAUAUUAAAGGUGGUUUAAUUGAAGAACGUAAAUAUAAACGAACUGGUGAUUAUCAAGCGAAUGGUACUCAUGUUUAUAUUGAUCUUCAAUCUGAUCGCCAGAAAUCUUCGUCUUCAAGAGUAAAGCAGAAAGAAGACAGAAGUAGAGAUGAGAAAACAGAGAAGAAAAUGUCGGUUAACAGAACCACAUUAGAUUCUUUCAAUGGUCCUGGAAAAUAA